UUUGGAGCGUGCAGUAGCUAGUUCCCCCUGAAAAGACCCGGAAACACUCAUACCUCACUGCCAGUCUGCUGAACUACGCGGCGGAAUCUACGCAAUAACUUCGGAAGUUUGUGUGGAGUUUAGAAAGUUUUCUCCAGUCCGCGCGCGCGCACUCACGCACGCAAACAUAUCCGAACCCGGACAAGCAGAAACGCGCGCAGACGAACCCGGACCCGCUCCUGGAUCUACUCACUCCACACUGCAAAAAAACAAAACAAACAACAACAACAACAAAAAGCAAAACAAGAGUGAAAGGAACAGAAACAGUCGCGUGAAUUGGACCUUUUUAACGCGCGCAUGAGGUCGGCGGCGGUGAUCUGGCGGGUCGCGCGCCUGCUCGCGCUCGCGCUCGUGUGUUUGCCGCUGGUCGGUGCGCGCGGUGCUCAGGUGCGAGCCGACAAAUCGCCGCGCGCGGCAAACACGCGCCGAGAAGAUAUGUUCUGCCGUGAGGAGGUCGUCAUGGUGAUGGCAGGCGGCCAGAUCCAGAGCCCACGGUACCCAAACGCCUACCCGCGCAACCUCCUGCUGUCAUGGAAACUGCUGGCCCCACCCUUCACACGUGUUUUGCUGGAGUUUGAUGGGAGGUUUGGUUUAGAGGAGCCUGAGAACAACAUGUGCAGACAUGAUUUUGUGGAGGUUGAUGAUAUUUCGGAAAGCAGCACCAUCACUUGGGGUCCCUGGUGUGGACGGAAAGCCCCGAGUCCCAUCAGGUCCCAAAACAACAUGCUCAGAAUCACGUUCAAAUCUGAUGACUUCUUUGUGGCCAAGCCGGGAUUCAAACUCUGCUACUCCCUGCUGGUUGAUGCUCCUCUGUCUUAUUUGAAUAACUUGGAGGCCGUCACAAUUGUGUCGGAUGGUGUGUCUGUCUCAAAUGCUCCAGUAUCAGCUGAUGUUUUGGAUGAUAUCAUUGCGGGGUUCAGUACAGUCGAGGAGGUUCUUAAACACCUGAACCCACACACCUGGAGACAGGACCUGAACUCCAUCUACACAAAUACACACCAGUACAUACCACGGAGCUACCAUGCCAACCAUGCAAACAAACUUGAUCUGGAUCGUCUCCAUGAGGACGUGAGGCUGUACAGCUGCACGCCACGUAAUUUCUCCAUAAACCUGCGGGAGGAACUGAAAGCCACCAAUGCUGUGUUUUUCCCACGAUGCAUCUUGGUGAAGCGCUGUGGAGGGAACUGUGCCUGUGGGACUGAACAUUGGAACUCCUGCACCUGUAGCCCUGCCAAAACAGUCAGCAAGCUCCAUGAGGUGCUGAAGUUCUCCCCAGGACCGAAUUUCUACAAAAAGAAAACCAGAGCACGCUGGGUUCUCGAGGAAAUCAACCUGCAGCAUGACGAGCGGUGCGAGUGCGCGUGUCAAUCACGACCACCUCGAUGAGACACACACACACACACACACAGUAUUUCAAACAGUAACUGAUGUAGCUAAUGUAUCUUUCUCUUUGUCUGUACUUGUCUGUCAUUUUUAUCCAUCUUCAUGCACACUAUUAUUUAUUUCUGUUUUAUGUUCAUUUUCUUACAAAGAAAACAGGAUCACGCUGAUCUAAGACUGUUCCUACACACACACACACACACACACUCAUUCCAGUCAUCUCUCUGGUUUCGGAAGAUGAAUGUGACAGCCUGAAGUGUUUGUUUUUUUUUUUUCUCUUCUUCUUUCCCCACUUGUUAUCCAAAACAGUACAUUCCCCUCAUACCAGCCCUUCCUUACACACACACACACACACACACACACACACACACACACACACACACACACACACACACACACACACACACACACAGAGUGCUGAACGUAUGAUUGUUGUAGCUCUGCCUGUGAGAUUUUGGGUUCCAUGUUGGAUAAACUGCACUUAUUUUCUGUUUCGUUUAUCUUAAAACCACAAGUAAUAAUGAACAGAUUUUGGAGGUC